AUGGCAUCGACCAAUGGGCCCUUGAAUGGUGUUCACACCUCUGGUGAUAUCAAGAAGUCCAGCGAAGAUGAGCAACUAGUAAUCCCGCCCAACUUUAAGGCCACCGUGAUAGAGCGUAUCGGUAUCAGCGCCUUCAAGCUGCUCAACAAAGUUAUACCUUGGUACAAGCUUCCCGGUGUUCUCGGUGCUUUUAACCUGGCCUUCCUGAGGAUCGAGCUCCGACAAUACAAUCUGCAUGACGGCUACGCCUCUGCGGAAGCCCAGGGCAACGCGACGGACAACCCACUGUCGGAUGCGCGUUACCGGGGAGCCCGCAACUCCGAUGGCAAGUUCAACUCACUCGAUCAGCCCCUGAUGGGCUGCAAAGGCAUGCGCUUUGGACGCAACUUUCCACGACACCUGACCCAAAAACCGACUGAGGAGGAGUUGUGGACGCCGAAUCCACGGCAUGGAUUCAGCGAGAAGGUUCAUUGGCCCGGCGCGAGGGGGAAGGAUGAAUCCCCGCUACAACGCUCAACAAAUGCUAGCCUGCCGGCUUGGAUUCCAAGUUUCCAAAUUCCAUGGACUGGGUUUCAACCAAUGUGCAGCGAGGAGAAGUUCAACGUACCUGCUCCGGAGGGCGGGGACUCGUGGCCCCAUCCGCAUAUGGAGGUGUUCCGAACGAAGCCAGACGACAUCCUGGAUCCAUCCGAUAUCAAGUGCCCGGGUUACAAGAACGAGAACACGGCUUGGUGGGAUGGAUCGCAGAUCUAUGGCUCGAGCGAGGCCGUUACCCAAGCUCUGCGUGCCAAGCUGCCAAACGGCAAACUGACGCUUGAUGAAAUCGGCGCUGUUUCGUUUUUACCGCGAGAUAAGGAUGGCAAUCCCCUUACCGGCUUCCACGAUAACUGCGACCAGAUCUUUGACAAAGCCCGCCUCGUCAACUGUGCCCUGAUGGCCAAGAUCCACACCGUGGAGUGGACGCCAGCCAUCCUCGCGCACCCAGCGCUCGAAUUCGGGAUGAACGCCAACUGGUGGGGCGUUGUGGGCGAGAAGUUGACCAAGAUGCUCGGCCGCAUAUCCAAGACCAGCGAGAUCAUCAGCGGCAUUCCGGGUAGCGGCGCCGAGCAGGACGGGGUUCCGUACUCGCUGACGGAGGAGUUUGUUUCCGUGUACAGGAUGCACUCGCUGAUCCCAGACGACAUCGCCUUCCACUCGGCCACCACCGGCGAGCACAUCCGGACCAUCCCCGUCGCCGACAUGACCUUCUCCAAAGCACAACUCCCCCUCCGCCAACCCACCCCCCACCGCCUCACCUUCCCCGACGCCUUUUACACCUUCGGCACCUCGCACCCAGGCGCCAUCACCGCGCACAACUACCCCUCCUUCCUGCGCGCGCUGCCCACGCCCGACGGCCAGACGCGCGACCUGGGCACGAUCGACAUCCUGCGAGACCGCGAGCGCGGCGUGCCGCGCUACUGCGCCUUCCGCCGCCUGCUGCGCAUGUCGGUCCCCCAGACGUUUGAGGAGUUGACGGGCGGGGAUGUGGACAGCGCGCGGGAGUUGAGCGAGGCGUAUGGGGGGAGGAUUGAGCUAGUGGAUGCGUUGGUGGGUUCGCAUGCCGAGCCGGUGAUUGAGGGGUUUGGGUUUUCGGAGACGGCGUUUAGGGUGUUUAUUGUGAUGGCGUCGAGAAGGUUGAAGAGUGAUCGGUUUAUUGCGGGCGGGGAAGGCGGGGAGUGGGGGGAGGGGACGUAUACUAAGGUUGGGUUUAGGUGGGUGCAGGAUGGGGGGAUGCGGGAUGUGUUGGGGAGGCAUUUUCCCGAGUUGAGGGAGACGUUGGAGAGGGGGAAGGGGAAGAAUGUCUUUGCGCCGUGGGUGAAGGUGGGAGAGCGUUGA